AUGCCCCCCGGGCCGCCGCCGCCGCCGCGCGCCUGGCCGCCCCGCGCCGCGCUCCGCCUGUGGCUGAGCUGCGUCUGCUUCGCGCUGGUGCAGGCGGACAGCCCCUCAGCCCCUGUGAACGUCACUGUCAGGCACCUCAAAGCCAACUCCGCCGUGGUCAGCUGGGAUGUCCUGGAGGAUGAGGUUGUCAUCGGAUUUGCCAUAUCUCAGCAGAAGAAGGAUGUGCGGAUGCUACGCUUCAUCCAAGAAGUGAACACCACCACCCGCUCAUGCGCCCUCUGGGACCUGGAAGAGGACACGGAGUAUAUCGUGCACGUUCAGGCCAUCUCCAUCCAGGGCCAGAGCCCGGCUAGUGAGCCAGUGCUCUUCAAAACCCCACGUGAGGCUGAGAAGAUGGCCUCUAAGAACAAAGAUGAGGUGACCAUGAAGGAAAUGGGGAGGAACCAACAGCUGCGAACAGGCGAGGUGCUGAUCAUUGUCGUGGUCCUCUUCAUGUGGGCAGGUGUCAUCGCCCUCUUCUGCCGCCAAUAUGACAUUAUCAAGGACAAUGAGCCCAAUAACAACAAGGAAAAAACCAAGAGUGCAUCAGAAACCAGCACACCGGAGCACCAGGGUGGAGGUCUCCUCCGCAGCAAGUUUCCAAACAAGCCCUCAGUAAACAUCAUCGAAGCGUAACUGCCUGUCUGCAGGAAGAAGGAUUUUGUUUUUUUUCUCUGCUGGUCCCCGGGUCCUGGGCACAGGGAGAACAGGCUGACCGCGGCAGUGGAGGAGGUAUAGCUAGCUGCAGUUCUCCUUAUCUCUCCUUAGUCUGACGAAGGAAGCUGAACCUCAGACUUAAAUUCUGCAAAAUAAAUACAUAAGCCACAAAAACUAAAAGGCCUGGCCCCAACCUGGAAAAGGCAAAGCAGCAUGAGACACAGUCUUUUGCCUCCUUGCUUCUCCUGGACUGACUUCCUCUUUGAGAAAAUGCACAAACCUUUGGGAGGACAAGUACCAAGACUGGCUUGAGCUGUGUCUUUCAGACCACUGAGCAUCAGGAAAGCCAAUGGGCACCUGAGUUGCAGAGUUAUGGCUCCAUCAAGCCUUUUUUGGAUCCAGCCAUUUAAGGACUUUUCUUUUUUCUUUUUGAUGGUGUGAUGCAACUAUGUUAAUCUGUUUUGUUUCUUUUGGGAAAAAAAAAUCGGAGGGCUCCACUCCAGAGGAUAGAGUGUUUUCUCAAGGCCUGAGCUGGUUGCCUGCAUCUUUUGCAAUCUUUGAUUGUUCCUUUGAUGGUAAGAUCACCAGCCCAGGGUCUUCAGAAGAUCUGAAAGGUACUGUCCAUUUUAUAAGAAAGCAUCUCUUGGAGUUGCAGCAAUGCCAGCUGGGAUAACUGAAAAGGCAUCUCCACAUCCUACAUCCCAAGGGCUCCUGAGCAACCCAGGUUGGAGUAGAAGAUCCUGGAAAGCAGGCAAGAGCCAUUAAUCACAGAUAAGCAGAGCAACCUUGCUGUCACCACUGGCCUCUGGAGUCUACAUACCUUGCCAUCUCAUUUAAGGUUCUAUGAAAGCUAUCUAGCAUCCUCAUGUCCUUCCCUAGAGUCUGAAUGGUAUGAAAUGACAGGUCUCUUUUUCUCUCUACUGUCUCUUUCUGGUUUUAAAAAAAAAAUGGUGCUUGACAUGGAAAGGCAGACUUCCCUGGGACUGAAGCAUUAUGACUGCCAAAUGCCUGUGUGGAAAAAAAGUGGACUCUACAUCUUUCAUUGGUGGCCAAGGGAAUGUGGGAGGCUGCACCCAGCACAAGCCUGGCACAUAGUAGGUGCUCAGUAAAUAUUUGUUGCACUGAAUGAUGAGCACUGGCCCCUAAGCCACAGAGCUGAAAGCCAUCACCCAAUGGACAACCCCUUCCUUCCAGUCUACAACCGCUCUCAAGGCUGGGUCAGCCACCACUCUGCUUGGUCCAAGUGUGGCAGCACAGAGGAAGAGAGACAGCAUAAAGGGCAGAUGUCUGCAAUACUAAGGGCUUUCUCAUGGGAGGACAUGAGGCUCCACUCAUUGUCUUGUGACUUCCAUCCGUGCUGAAUGGGGCUUCAAGGCCAAGGCUCCUUAAGAGAGAGGUCCUUACCUCUGAUCCAGUUAGAGCAAUAACCACUUUUUAAAUGUAAAAUAAAAAGACAAAUGAAAAGGCA